AUGGAAAGAGUUAUGGCCGUCUACGCUCCAAUAUUUUUCCACAAUCACAAACAUAUUUUCUCCCCGUUUCCAAUUCUUGCAAUAGCCGCUUCGUUUGGUCUAACAGAGCCAAUAGUUCUAUUCGGUUUUUGCCGUUAUGAUUCAAUUUUUCCGAAAACGUGUGCUGGAUUCGGGUGUGCCGUUAAUCAGUGUUUUCUCACGUAUUGGAACACUCAUAAACUGAUUAUAUUAGCAUUCAUUUUCUUGUCUACUAUUCUUGUUUGUCUGAAACUAUUCCUUAUGAAUCGAGGUAAAGAAAGCCGGCAGCUGUCUAGGGCAAAUCGUCUCGCAAUCAUCGACGCUGCAAUUAUCUUUUGGUCUGAUUUUUUACCGAUUGUGGCUAGAAAAUAUGUUGUUUUCACUUCUCAAAUUGUUGGGCCAAAUGGGGCAGUGUUGCAGAGUGUCGGACUCGCUAUUGAAUCACUUUUAUUUUAUCGAGCGAUAUCGCGGAAAUCAUCAGUCCAAUCUUCUGAUUCAACUAUUCAAAUGUUCCACAAAACUAGAAGAAAAACUUGUACAUGUUGA